UAACUUUAAUUUGUUUAUUGAAUUUUACUACUGCGACAUUCGCGCUGUUUUUUCAGUUCGGAAUGAAUUUUUUUAUAAGUAGUUUUUGUUUAUAUGCAUAACUAAUUGCAUCGGAAUUGCGUCCGUCAUUUGCCAAGUAUCGCAUGUUAUUUCAAUGCAUUUAAAUUGGUUGAGUUACGAAUUGAAUAGUUAUUUAGUUAUUAUUACUCGAAAUAAGUGCUUUCACGUGUACCCUGAAUGUUAUUUUUUCAAUGUCAUUACCUUAAUUAGACAUAUGCAUGCACAUCCGAAGCAGUUUCUAUUUGAAAACAUGGUUGUUUUCCAGAAAAGUCCAUCGACCAGGUCAGUUAUUGUUAUGUUAUAUGUUACUUGUUUGUGCCUAUAGGGAGUUAGAAUAAUUAAAUUCUGUGGUAAUUUAAUCGUUAAUUACAGUUUAAUUGAAUCGGGGAAUUCCCCAAACCUCUUUGGAAUCUUCCUAUUACCGACUGUCAAUUUUUAAAAGUUGUUAAAAAACUAUUCCUUUUUGUAAUAGCAUCAUCGAAAUUACUAUUAUUAUCGUACGGGAUUCAACACUAAUUUCGUUUUGAACGGUAUUUCGCAGUCGCGGUUCAACGUGCUUAGGAAUUUCUAUUCAUUGUGUGUAUACGGAUCGCCUCGAAAGUUAAAAAAGCACUCGAAAAAAAAAACGAAAACGUUCCGCUCCCCACGUAGACCUCAAAGCUCGAGCUCGAGGAGCCGGCUCAUUCUGGUGUGAUGAAUUUCUUGGGACCUGGGUUGGGCAUCGCCAAGGACCUAAAAAAAUGUAAUAAUAAAAGUUGCCGUCUGCCUGCGGUCUCUUUCUAGCGCUCGAACGUUGUGUGGUAUUUUCGUAUUUCGUCCAUAGUGUCGAGGGCAUGCAAUGAAAACGCCCCACGUUGCGAUUUCUUCGGCAUUUUGUAAAUUUAGUUUCUUCAGUGAUAACUGUAAUAUAGAAUAUGACUUCUUUCGUAAAACUUUUGUGACGUCAUUCGUGAAUCUAAAGGGACAACCUUUAAAUAUUAAUGGGCCUUGGUCUUUUUUUUAGUUUUUUGUUAAUGUCAUUUUGACGUUUGACGUUAAAUUUGAAUUUCUUUGCAGUUCAUUGAAAAAUUCAAUAAAUUUCAUUAGCGAUAGUUUAUCACUUUUAGUUAUUGUCGAAUGAUUUGUAAAAUAAUUGUAAUUUUCGACUUGAUUAUAUGCUGAAUAGGCCUGUAAGUUAAGGUCACUUUAAAUUAAACGUCAAAACUGUGUCAUGCUAAACGUCACAUUUAUUGAUUGCCAGAAUCCUGGAAAAAUCAACGUAAACAAUUCGUGGGCGUAUCAAAAACGGUAUCGUAUAUUUAUAUUACGUAAAAGCGAUAAAUUAAUUACAGUUACGCAAGUUGGCAAAGUCGUUUUUUGGUUAAAUUUUGCUCGUCCAUUCAAUCGAUCGCCGAGCGCGCGCCCCGUAUUUCGGUGUGCAACCGACGCUCGCGCGGCGUCCACGAAUCCCUCGCACUAAUUUAGUAAUUUCCCGAAUCCAUAUCCAUACCAUACCCGGUCUGCGUGCUACGUCGACUCCUCGCUCCUCGCGUUUUCGUUUCGAGAGAUUGCGCCGCAAGAAUUCCUCCUAGUUCGAGUUCGUGUUCGUAGUAGUGGCAACGACAACUGCGCCGUUCGUACGUCGAUCGGCAGCGCACGAAAGUAGCGAUUCGAAGAGAAAUCCGUCCCGUCGGGUCGAAAUCGUCGAAAGAGCGCAUUUAUGUCGGUUAGCCUGUUGGAAAAGUCGGGUGAAAACGUCGAAAACCAUGAAGUGUUCGAUGUGAAAUCGUCGCCUCGCCUUAGUAGUAAGAUUUCAUGCUCCUGAAGAGGCUGUAGACAUGACUUCGAUUGUAAUACCUCACCAUUCGACGAAAUUUGAUCAACCUGACAACGGCACGAAAGACAGAAGCUCCUACGAUCAUCACACACAAACCGUAGAGGAACCAUUGAAUUUCAAAAUUUUCGAAGACAGAUUGAAAACGUUCAUCAAUUGGCCCAACCAAGAAGUGUCUAAAAUCGAUUUGGCCAAGGCGGGUUUCGUGUAUACGGGCGAAGAUGAUAUCGUCAUAUGCCCUCUUUGUAAGAUAGAAGGGUACCGUUGGGUAUCUGGCGAUGAUCCGAUGGCCGACCAUCGAGUGUGGAACCCGGAUUGCGCAUUCUUCAGAGGCAACAUAGAACACGACCAUUCGGAGGGUACCAGCAGAUCAGCGGAUACUUGCGGUAUAUUCGGCGUCGACGAACUCCCUAAUUCCACGCCGGAGAGCAAUAAAAUCAAUAAUCUACAAAAACUAGGAGUGAAGACGGGCAAAGGUCCGCAUAAUCAGGAUAAAAUCACCUACGAGAGUCGAUUAGCAACAUUCCAAAAUUGGCCGAGGUCUAUGAAACAACGUCCCUCCGAUCUAGCAGAAGCUGGAUUUUAUUAUACGGGAAUAGGAGAUCAAACUCUGUGUUUCCAUUGCGGAGGGGGCUUGAAAGAUUGGGAAGAAAACGACAAUCCCUGGGAACAGCACGCAUUGUGGUUCAGCAAGUGCGUGUUUGUUAAUCUAAAAAAGGGCAAAGAUUUUAUAGAAGAGGUGAAGAAUAAGGCUGAUACCGAACUAUCGAUUCCGAGUACGAGCGGUCUCCAGAAAACCAAAGAGGAGAAAAGUGAUAAUAAAAGUGAAUGUGUUGUAGAAAACGAAACGAAACGCGAAUCCGAAGCGACUGAAAAAACACUGUGUAAAAUUUGUUUCAAAAAUGAAUUAGGUGUCGUUUUCUUGCCAUGCGGACAUAUCGUUGCGUGCGUAGAUUGCGCAGCUGCUUUAAAGACUUGCGCGGUGUGCAGACAGCCCGUAGAAGCUGCGGUCAGAGCGUUCCUAUCAUAGAUCUCAUGUUGUAUAUAUCCUUCAUCUUUUAUUUCAUGCAAUUAUUGUUCAAUUCACAUUCAGGAUCUAGUCAAGUUCGUUUGUUAGUUUCGUCAAAAUCGAUAUCAAAAUUUAAUAUGUCAUUGAAAUGUCAACAGACAACUACUUUCUUUAAUGGACAAGGACAAGUAGAUGUAGCAUUAAGAAAACAAAUCUAUUUUUAUACUAAGUACAAAUUUUACAUAAGCUUAUUAUUAGUUACACAAAAUACGCUUUGUAGGUUAAAUAAAAUGAAAUGCUUACAUUUUAGACACCACACAACAUUAACAGCUAUAAGUCUUAUCCUUUUAAUUAAUACUAUUUUUGAUCAGUUGUCCGAAAUUAAAUUAUUUUCACUUAAAAUUUUUCCAAAACUGACUAAGAACCUUAUUAAUAUACUAUGUUUGUGUGUAUGUUCUUUAAUAAUAAAAAUGUUUUUAAAAAUA